GGCUUCUCUGGUUGCUUUCUCCAGCGAGAGACGCAGGUGGAUGCGGGUCUAGCUGUAUCAUCGUUUGUCCUUCAUUCACACUUGGCGAAAGAAAAGGAUAAUGGAUGCUAUAUAAUUACACCUGUGUCGAGCCGUGUCUCUCGCUGGGAAGCAACCUCUAUUAUCUAGGACUACACGCACGUACGCCUGAUGCCUGCGAGGUCGCGCCAUCUGCUGUUGUCCGCUGUUACCGCAAGAAGACGGGCGAGUUGCUCGGGUCGCGCUGCUGGCGUUUGCCAUCUUGACGGACGCCUCGGCUGGAGUGGAUCGUAAACAGCUUUGGUUUUCGCUGGGUUCCGCGUAACGGAGGAUUAUGUCCAAGCGCAGGAUCGAGGUUGUGGACCCGUACGUCAAACGAAGAGCAGAUGGCUCGACAACGUCCAACAAUAAUCCGGCGGCGGCGGCGUCCACGGCGACGAAGAGCCAAGUGCAGUUCAAUCCGUACACCAUGCUGCCGUAUACGCCGAAGUACUACGAGCUGUACAAGAAGAGGAUAACCCUGCCGGUCUUCGAGUAUCGCACUGACUUUAUGAGACUGUUGAACCAGCAUCAAUGCAUCGUUCUCGUCGGUGAGACCGGUUCCGGCAAGACCACGCAGAUACCGCAGUGGUGCGUGGAGUAUUCGCGAGGUAUCGGGAACAAGGGGGUCGCGUGUACGCAGCCGAGGAGAGUGGCCGCGAUGAGCGUGGCGCAGAGAGUGUCAGAGGAGAUGGACGUUGCCUUAGGUCAAGAGGUGGGAUACAGCAUUCGUUUCGAGGAUUGCAGCACCGCGAGGACCGUGUUGAAGUACAUGACCGAUGGUAUGUUGCUGCGCGAAGGCAUGUCCGACCCAAUGCUGGACGCGUAUCAGGUGAUACUGCUGGACGAGGCGCAUGAGAGGACACUUGCCACUGACUUGCUCAUGGGUGUUCUGAAGGAAGUGAUCAAGCAGAGGCCAGACCUGAAACUCGUCAUUAUGAGCGCCACCUUGGACGCCGGGAAGUUCCAACAGUACUUCGACAACGCACCCCUUAUGAACGUGCCCGGCCGGACUCAUCCGGUCGAGAUAUUUUACACACCAGAGCCGGAGAGGGAUUACCUGGAGGCCGCGAUCAGAACGGUCAUACAGAUUCAGAUGUGCGAGGAGAUAGUCGGGGAUCUUUUGCUGUUUCUCACCGGUCAGGAGGAGAUCGAAGAGGCGUGUAAGAGGAUCAAGAGAGAGAUGGACAACCUGGGGCCCGAGGUCGGCGAACUGAAGUGCAUACCGUUGUACUCGACGUUACCGCCGAAUCUCCAGCAGAGAAUAUUCGAGCCCGCUCCGCUCAACAAGUCGAACGGCGCCAUCGGCCGUAAAGUCGUCGUCUCGACCAACAUCGCCGAGACAUCGCUAACCAUCGACGGUGUCGUCUUUGUGAUAGACCCGGGCUUCGCCAAGCAAAAAGUGUACAACCCGAGAAUUCGCGUAGAGUCACUCCUGGUGUCGCCCAUCAGUAAGGCGUCGGCGCAACAAAGAGCCGGUCGGGCCGGGAGAACGAAACCGGGCAAAUGUUUCAGAUUAUACACGGAAAAGGCGUACAAGAAUGAGAUGCAGGAUAACACGUAUCCGGAGAUUUUACGAUCCAACCUCGGGAGUGUCGUUCUACAACUGAAGAAACUCGGUAUUGACGAUCUGGUGCAUUUCGACUUUAUGGACCCGCCUGCACCCGAGACGCUCAUGAGAGCUCUGGAGCUUUUGAAUUACCUGGCCGCUCUCGAUGACGACGGGAACCUGACGGAUCUCGGGGCGGUUAUGGCGGAGUUCCCAUUGGAUCCCCAGCUGGCGAAAAUGCUCAUAGCGUCGUGCAAUCAUAACUGCAGUAACGAGAUACUCAGCAUCACCGCAAUGCUCUCAGUCCCACAGUGCUUUGUGAGGCCGAACGAAUCGAAGAAGGCCGCGGAUGAUGCAAAAAUGAAAUUCGCCCAUAUCGAUGGUGAUCAUCUCACGUUACUCAAUGUGUACCAUUCCUUCAAACAACAUUUGGACGACGUUCAAUGGUGUUACGAUAAUUACGUGAAUUAUCGGUCGUUGAAAAGCGGGGACAACGUGAGGCAGCAGUUGAGCCGAAUAAUGGACAGAUUUGUAUUGAAACGCACCUCGACUGACUUCAAUUCCAAGGAUUACUACAUCAACAUCAGAAAAGCUCUCGUUAAUGGCUUUUUUAUGCAGGUGGCACAUUUAGAAAGAACAGGACAUUAUCUCACUAUUAAGGAUAAUCAGGUGGUGCAACUUCACCCGAGCAGUUGUCUGGAUCACAAACCAGAAUGGGUUAUUUAUAACGAGUUCGUGCUCACCACGAAGAAUUACAUCAGAACAGUCACCGAUAUUAAACCCGAUUGGUUGCUCAUGAUAGCGCCGCAGUAUUACGAUCUACAAAAUUUCCCACAGUGCGAGGCGAAAAGACAGCUGGAAGUGAUACAGGCGAAACUAGACUCGAAGCAGUAUCAAGAAGGCUUCUAACCUCUAUAUAUCUUAGACAUCUUUGGAAAUCGUGAUGAACUAUCGAUGCUCAGUCAGUCCGCUUUUGUCAUAGCCAGUCAGGCACACGACUUUUUCACACUUAUCAAAGUCACGUCACAUUUGAAACAUCGUAAGACACAAUGCAGAGACAUUUUCGACCUCCCCCCUACUCCCCCUUACUUAAGACACAAAAGAGAGAAGAAUAUUAAGAUGUUUAUAUUAAAACAUUUAAUUUUAUUUUUUGUACAAGCUUUAAUGUCAGCUUCUAUGCUGUAAAAAUUAAAUACUUGAAUAUUUUCAACGCUUAAGCCACGGAGAAGAAUGAAACCGGGCGAUUUAUUGGUCCCGAAGUGUAGAGCAAAAGUAUGCUUAAUCUUUCGAUAAAAGAUUAUUUAUGUACUAUUAAGAGAAGACGUGUAGACCCUAAGUAAUUUUAUCAGUGGAAUCUGUUGAUCAACGCGGUACACACAUUCGAAAUAUCUCGCUAGUUGUAGACUAAUUUUUGUAUUAAGUGUUAAUCGUGUAUUUUUCAAAAAAUAUACACGACGCCCGGAUACUGUCGUACAAUAAUCUUAACGGUGUUUCUGGAGUUUAAUCAGUAAGGAAAAUUCCCAGUACAACAAUGUCGAGGUUAUGGUAGUUGUGUUGUAAUUUGUUUACUGAUAAUGUUAUCGCAUAAAUCUCGCACAUAGAUACAUAUUUAAAAGCCAGAACGCGCGAUAUUAUCGGCACACAUUAACCGCGCUUACAACUUAAGAAACUCGUAGCCUCGACAUUUUCUAAUAAAAAUCUUCGAUUCUAAUUGUGCUCCAAAAUAUGCUGUUGAAAUAUUGCCCAGCAGUUUUCGGACACCUUGUGUAAACCAGUUUCUAUAAAUAGUCAAAGAUAAACCUCCCAUACUUACUCUACUUUUAUUUAAAAAAAAAAAAACAAAAAACAAAAAAGAAAAAAAGAGGGAGAAAAACAAAACUCGCGUCUUUCGUUUAACACUGACCGUCAUCAUCAUUUUACUACUGCUAGAGCCUAUAUGCAAUUUCGAUGUUUCGUGUAUAUGUUCUCCUGCUUUCACGAAUGUAAAAAAAUAUCACGGUUUAACGUUGAAAUGGCAUGAAAUGUCAUUUUUGAAUGGGCAAAGAUUGGUUUGUAAUCAAUUGGUAUAAGCAUCUUAGAUUAUACUGUUAAAAAAUAUCCAAUAAGCCCAAGUAAGAGUACAAAACACUGAUGCUUUUGCGAAAAUCUACGUAUGAAGGUAUGAAAAACGCUACAAUUUAUUAACCACGAGUAACGAGAUAGACGUGUUUCAAUACUAUCUGGAUCAUCCGCAAUAUCCAAAGACAAAGAUCAUACGAUAGUGUCUUUUAAUCUUCUUGUAUUUAAAUCUUCAAUGUGGCUUGCCGCAAGUCACCUGUAUUUUAGGCUCUUACUCGGCUCGCGUGUAUUUUUCGAUUUUCUGAAUGAAAGAAUCAUCAUAAUGAGUACGGUAUGAUAUGCUUAUUACAAAUACAAACUCAAUUCAUCAAUUUUCAUUAAUACAGAAGUGAUAGAAAGGGAGAAGAAGAAGCUAGAUAUAGCGAGAAAUAUUUGUAAACAUACCCCCUAGGGAUUCUGACAGAAUCAAAUUACUAAAAAGGAAAUAUUUAUGAUAUAUUAGUAUAAUAAGAGUCAUAUGCUGUUCAGGAGAAAACAGCAUUCAGUGUAAUAAAGCAUCUUUAUUAGCAUUUGGGGAUAAAUGAAUUUGGAUAUCCUGUAUGUUUAUUGUUCGUCAUUGGUAUUCUGCAUGUAUUAACGAUGAUGAAUGUAUGGAUUUUACUCUAGCCGAAAGAAGCUGAAGUAAAAUAUUUGCUCGGCCAUUAUAAUAAUCAGACAGUUAAUUUUACAGUUGACCGAAGGUUUUACAGUUAAACAGUUUAUUUUCUCUUAUUAAACUGGGUUCGUAAUUCUUAUUUUGUAAAUAAACCUGCGAGUAAAUUAAAUGGUCAUUGUAGGAACACGCAAAACUAGUUGCGGUGUUUUACUGCAUUAUACCAUUUCAUACUAAUAAACAUUGGAAAUUUAUAUCACACAAUGCUAAUAUUAUUUUUCUCACUGCGCGCCCUGUGUCUUUGAGAUCAAGAUCUUCGAGAUUUUUAAUUGAUCAUUUUCUCAAUAAAGAUUAAGAAAUAAAUAUUAACAAUAAUUAUACUACAGAGUCCUUCAAGUUUGUGUAUGUAACAUGGUGUUGAUUUGUGAGAAGGGGUCGUCCGUAAACUGCGUCACGCUACUGAAAAAAAAAAGUGAAGAGAGUUGUAAACUUGUUUUAGACAAUGCGGGGAGGCAACAGGAUAAGGAGAGGUCGGAGAAAAAUUCUAACGGUAUUCUAAUCUUUCAAGCGUCUUUUCGAUUCUGUAUCUCUUCAUCAGAAGGCGACUCUUCCACGAAAUUUGCAUUUACGUACUUUCUGUCGUGAAACAGCAAAAUGAAUAUAUCUUAAACACAAAAGAGGAACGAUUUCCUUCUAACACAUCUUAUAUAUAAUAACAGAAAGAGUAGAAAAUAUAGAUAAAGAUGAAGGCUAUAAUAUAUAAAAAAAUUAUACGUAAUAUUACUUUUGAUACAACCAAAUACAAAUUUAUUCGACCAAGCUGCAAUUGACCACAUUACAUUACGAUAAUAUCGCAACUGUCUAAUCAGCAGGAACUGUGAUCAAUUGUAACAAUGGCAAGUUGAACUCUCCCGGUAGAAAAAUGUUAAGCAUAAGUUUACAUACAAUUUUUUAAAUACAUAUUUCCCUUGUAUCUUUGAGAGUAGCAAUGCAUUAGAUGUAUGGAAUAGUCUAUAUUACGAUAAAAAAAGACAAUUGUGACAGAAUUUUUCGGAAAUUGCAAUAUUUCCUCUCGAAUUUUUGGUAAAUGAUAAAAAUAAAGAUUUAAGAAAAAGGAUACACGUAUCUAUGUUUAAUUAAAUAUGAAUGAUCAGUUAAUUUUCAUCCUUUGGUUCGACGUUGCCGAGCCUUAAUCGACAACGGAGAGGACUGGACGACAUAUUAGAAUUUAGAUAAACGCGUGGAAGCGCAUAUAAUAUACUUCAGGGUUAUUAUAUUUAUAUAUUUAUUUAUCCAGAAAUUUUUCCUUUUCCAGGAGAAAUGGCUGACAAGGCUCUCGUGCCACUGACUGUAUAUAUUUUUAACGUUCACACCAGAAAUGUGUGUGAAUUAUAAUAAAGAGUGGGAUAACAAUA